AUGUCUGUAUACCAAGAUUACACCAUUUCGGCAGCGUUCGGCGCCGUGCUAGGCUACAUCGGAGCCGAAACUGGAACCAAGAGCGCCUUCGAACUGCUUCUGUGGCCGCAAUGGUGUUUCUCUCGGCUCAAUGCAAGGUCAGCCAUUUCACAGGCUCCUCUCCUACCCAUGGGAGGACCAACGCACAAAGCCGCGUUGAAGACGCUAGACGUAAUCUCCGCCCACGGCCUGUUUAGAGGUUCCCAUCGUGUACACAUGCUCGACACCGUUUUCUACCCACGGCUUGAGGGAUGGACCUACACCAUGCACGGCGACGACCAGAACCUAUCCCAGGACUAUGGCCGCGCGCUCUGA